AGGCGGCACCUUCUGGCGGGUGGCCGAUGCUCUUCAGAUGGCCACCGCCACGGAGGAUCCCCCCAGCGACGUGGCGCAGCGCUCCCAGGCAGCGCUGCUCCGAGAAGUGGGGCGUGUGAGCUACCAGCACUUCAUGGGGCAGAUGGUGUCGAUCAUGGACUCCGUCUCGCAGCAGCAGAGCGCGGACAGUUUCUACUCCCAGCGAGGAUUGGCCGUGUCCAGCUUGGAGGUCCUGGGGUAUGAGGCGCUGGACGCGAACGUGGCUGAUGCGCUGCAAAGUACCAUCGUGGAGUCAGUAAAGCAGAUCAACCGCCUGCAGCAAGCCAAGUCGGCCAUCGACGUCAACACUUCGCAGCUGAAUGGCGAGAUCAGGCUUGCGACCCUUGAGACGGAUCUCAUCAAGCACCGGGCGACCAACAACCUGCUGCUGGCAGUCUCCGAGGGCGUCACCGAGGGCACUCGCCUGGUGGAAGAGGCAAGAACCUUCCUGGACGGCCUGGGGGAUUCUGUGAACGCGAGCGCCAGCCGAGUGGAUAUGUACCGGAAGUACCAUGAGGAGUUGGCCGUGAACAACAUGACGCGCCUCUUCUCAGAUGGGCCGUCCAAGCUGUACCUGCACGCCAACGACACAGGCAUCAUCCUGGCCAAGGCGAUUCCGAGGGUGCGGAGCGAGCUUUGAGAUGUUCGUCUCACCGUUGUAGAGCUGCAAAGCUAUUCUUGGGCGUUUAGUGGUG